AUGAGCAAGUCCAAUUUGGAUCUGAUCCGCGAAUGCGAUAACUUCCCCUACUAUGAGGACGAUCGCGCUGCGUACACGGAAAACCUCAGCAACUACCAUGCCUUCCACGUGUCCGGAUACGAUGUGACGCUGGGCUACAUCCUGAAUGACGUUGUCGAGAAGUUUCCCUGGUCACAGGCAUGCUGGAAGGUUGACUCUGCAGCCCAGACCGUUACCUUGGUCACGUCUGCGGACGCCAACCCCGCACAACGCAGCAAGCUGGUUGCGCAGAGCAUCACCGAGGCCGUCAAGCUCGGAUGUUUCGAGGUGUUGAAAGGAUGGCGCAAUGAGAAGUACCCGGUCUAUGGACCUGGGGGGGAAUACCUGCUCGAAAUGGAGCGCAGCGCGUCGUGCUUGUUCGGCAUUGUCAGCUACGGCGCUCAUAUGACCGGGUAUGUGGAGGAUGCAACAGGCCUGAAGUUGUGGAUUCCUCGACGCGCGAAGAAUAAGCAAACAUACCCCGGCAUGCUGGAUAACACCGUUGCCGGAGGUAUGUGUACCGGCGAGAAGCCAUUCGAGUGCAUCGUGCGCGAGGCCAUGGAGGAAGCCUCCCUGCCCGAGUCGGUGGUGCGCGCUUCUAUCACUCCGGUGGGAUGUGUUACAUACACGCAUGUACGGGAUCUCCGCGCCGGUGGCGAGACUGGCCUUUUACAGCCAGAGGUGGAGUACGUUUACGAUCUGAAGCUCGAUCCCUCGGUUAUUCCUAAGCCCUGCGAUGAUGAGGUCGAGGAGUUUAACCUGCUGUCUGUAUCCGAGGUAAAGGAGGCGCUGGCCCGCGGCGAGUUCAAGCCGAACUGCUCGGUUAUCAUGAUUGACUUCUUCAUUCGCCAUGGUAUUUUGACGGCGGAGAACGAGCCGGACUACCUGGAUAUCGUGGCGCGCCUGCAUCGCCGUAUGGACCAUCCGACAGCCUCGCAUUGCCUAAAAUAG